AAAUAAAACUCAGUCAGUCGUCGACAGCGAGUGUUGAAAUGGCGCAGAAAGGAGUUCAUCUGGACCGUGAGUCUUUCUCUUGUUCCAUCUGUUUGGAUCUUCUGAAGGAUCCGGUGACUGUUUCCUGUGGACACAGCUUCUGCAUGAGCUGUAUUCAAUCCUACUGGGAUAAAGAGGUUGAGAAGAAGAUCUACAGCUGUCCUCAGUGCAGAGAGACUUUCACACCGAGGCCUGUCCCAAUAAAAAACAUUGUGUUAGCAGGUUUAGUGGAGGAAGUGAAGAAGAGCGGACUCCAAGCUGCUCCUGAUGAUCCCUCUGAUGCUGGACCUGAAGAUGUGGCCUGUGACAUCUGCAGUGGGAGAAAACUGAAAGCUGUCAAGUCCUGUCUGGUCUGUUUAAUCUCAUUUUGUGAAAAACACCUCCAGCCUCAUCAUGAAUCUCCUGCCUAUGCUAAACACAAGCUGGUGGAGCCCUCCAAGAAGCUCCAGGAGAACAUCUGCUCUCGUCAUGAUGAGGUGAUGAAGAUGUUCUGCCGCACUGAUCAACAGUCUAUCUGUUAUCUCUGCCCUGUGGACCAACACAAAGGCCACGACACAGUCUCAGCUGCAGCAGAAAGGACUGAGAGGCAGAAAGAUCUGGAGGAGAGUCGAGAAAACAUCCAGCAGAGAAUCCAGGACAGAGAAGAAGAUGUGAAGCUGCUCCAACAGGAGGUGGAGGCUAUCAACGGCUCUGCUGAUAAAGCUGUGGAGCACAGCCAGAAGAUCUUCAGCCAGCUGAUCCGUCUGAUGGAGAAACGCCGCUCUGACGUGGAGCAGCAGGUCAGAUCCCAGCAGGAACGUGAAGUGAGUCGAGUCAAAGACCUUCAGGAGAGACUGGAGCAGGAGAUCACUGAGCUGAAGAGGAAAGACGCUGAUCUGCAGAAGCUCUCACUCACAGAGGACCACAACCAGUUUCUGCACAGCUACCCCUCACUGUCAGGACCGGGUCAACCUGCAGACUCACCCAGAAUCAACAUCCGUCCUCUGAGAUACUUUGAUGAGGUGACAGCAGCUGUGUCAGAGCUCAGAGAGAAACUCCAGGAUCUUCUGACAGAGACGUGGACAAACGUCUCACAGGCAGUGACUGAAGUGGAUGUUUUACUGUCAGAACCACCAGAACCAGCAGAACCCAAGACCAGAGCUGGUUUCUUAAGAUAUUCACGAAGAAUCACACUGGAUCCAAACACAGUAAACAGAGGGCUGUUAUUAUCUGAUGGAAACAGAAGAGCAACAAAGACAGAACAACCACAGUCUUAUCCUGAUCAUCCAGACAGAUUCACUUUUUAUAAACAGGUCCUGAGUAGAGAGAGUCUGACUGGACGUUGUUACUGGGAGGUGGACUGGAGAGGGGAUGGGGUUAGGGUAGCAGUCGCAUACAAGACUAUCAGCAGAGUAGGAAACUCAAAUGAUUGUAGAUUUGGGUACAAUGACAAAUCUUGGAGGUUAGACGGUGAUAAAGACGGUUAUGAAUUUGUGCACAACAAAGUCUGCACUCCUGUCCCAGGUCCUCGGUCCUCCAGAGUAGGAGUGUACCUGGAUCACAGAGCAGGUAUUCUGUCCUUCUACAGCGUCUCUGAAACCAUGACUCUCCUCCACAGAGUCCAGACCACAUUCACUGAACCUCUACAUGCUGGACUGUUACCCUAUGGAGACUCUGCUGAGUUUAUUGAACUGAAAUAAAAAUUAAUCUUGAGUCAAUCAGACCAAAAACAUGUAAUGAGAUUACUGAACUCUUGAAAUGUUCUAGUUUGUAAAUGUUUGUGAAUCAUUUUCACAUCAAGAACUCUGAUCUUAAGUUCCUAAUACUCGCUCUCUCCUGAUUUUCAGAAGAACUGGUUUUGUAGUGAGUAGUUUUGAAUAGAGUUGGUGGGUGAUGGUGGAUUAGUUGAGACUGUGGUGUCUUUAUUUUUAAUGAUGCUCUAAAAAUGUUUGAAAAAUAGACCCAACUCUGUCUGAUAAAAGGGAGAUCUUUUAUUUGUUGUUUGCUUUUUGGUCACAGCACACGAAUGUUAAGCCUUGUGUCCAGAUGAGACUGUUGUUUGCAUGAUCAUGAAUUUACAUUUACUUUAUUUUUUAAAUACUUUGGGAUGCUUUGGCAUUUAUUUGAUCAGACAGGAAAUGUAGAGAGAGGAGAAAGGACAUGCACUAAAUCAUGUCAGGAUGGGGAUUGAUCCUUGGUUGGACUAUGAUGAGGACUGUCACUUUACUGUGUAAAACCUGCAGUCCCUUAAAAAAAGAUGUUCCUCAGCUUCAGUUUGUGCAGAUUUUUAAGGUCUGAUACUUUAGAAAAAUACUUUAAAAUGUAACACAUUUGUAAAGACAUCUAUAAUUACUCUUUUCUGCAAAUGAGUCUUCAAAUGAGCUUUUCUGUAACUGUAAUAAUAAUCACAUUAAUUUGUAAAACUGCUUUUAUUUUUUUGCCUUGGCUGAGAUUGUGGUGAAGCAGCUGAUUGUCUCGGUAAAAAAAAAGAAAAUUAAAUUAAAUUGAGUCACUGAGAGCUCCUC